UGUCUUUCAUUUCAUUCAUCUGAUCUGUCACUUUUGAGAAAAAUGCCUUGAGUUGAUCUUAUUCUUAUUUAUUUUCUAAAAUUAAUCAAUGUUACAUUUUAUUUCUUUAGUAACGUAAUAAGUAUAAAGUGAGAUGAAUUAUCAGGGUAAAUCAGACAGUUUUGUACAUUUUUCUCUCGGUAGUGCUUUUUAGGUGAAACCAUGAAUCCAUAUAAGGAUCUCGAAGAAAGUUCUUUCACAGCCGCUCCUCACCUGACCUACGAAGAUAUAGCCACAAAAUUGCUGAAAGAUCAUUAUUUUUUAACGGCUCUAGAACUACACACGGAGCUCGUGGAGAGCGGUAAAGAAUUGCCGCAAUUAAGGGAGUUCUUUUCUAAUCCGGGAAACUUCGAACAACAUGUUUCUAGAGCCUCUGAGUUUGUGUCCAUGCAUCGUUCGCCGAGCCAGGCGACGUUGGACUCCCUGGACACCGCGCGGUACUCGGAGGAUGGCGGCGGGGACCGCGGUGGCAGUGGCGGUGAUGUGGCGGUCUUGGAAUUUGAGUUGAGGAAAGCAAAGGAAACUAUUCAUUCUCUGAGAGCUAAUCUUACUCAAUUUGCUGAUGGUGAAUCAGCACUAGACAAAAACUCAAAGGACCCAUUCAACAAGCGUUCCCUGAAACCUCAUGAGCGGAGAGCCCUCAACUUCCUAAUUAAUGAAUACCUGCUGCUACAGGAUUAUAAGCUCACCUCUAUUACGUUUUCUGAUGAAAAUCCCGAUCAGGAUUUCGAAGAUUGGGACGAUGUAGGUCUAAACAUGCCUCGGCCGUCGGGUCUAGUGACCCUAUUCUGGGGUAAUUCCGCCGUAAAUGUCCCAAAGACCGACGCGAGUACAGAAACAGACUGGCAAAGUUCGGAUAUGGAAUGCCAGACUGAGUGCGAUGACAAUGUGUGUGUCAGUUGCCAGACGUCGUUUCAGAAUGAUACUGAUUGGAAUCAUGAGAUACUCAUUCAAGCAGAAGAAAUAGAACUACUCAAACAAAAAAUCAUACUCCUAGAAACAGAAAAACUAAAUUUUCAAAAACUAUAUGACGCCGCUAUAGUUAGUCUAAACUCCUUAACCAGUCCUGCGUCAGAAAGUAAAGGAUUAGAACUUCAUAUACCUGAAGAUAAGGUGGCUCAAGUGGUUGAAACUAUUGAGAGUAGGCCGUUGCCCUGUACGGCGAUGGAGAAUCAUUACGGCAGUGGGCAGUCUACUCACAGUGUUACUCCGGACCAGUUUGAAAUGAUUGAUAGUGAGAAGAAUAGUGCUAUAAUAAGAAAAGAAGGCUCAAACACCAGCUCCUUCGAGCCGGCUCUGAUCGGUGACGUCACAAGCCGAGGCUCCCCAACGCACGGGAGCGUCACGACACUCGACGACACGCUUAGCAUGAACGACGCGGCCGAGUGGACGCGAGUACAUUACGACUACGACUGCAAGGAAAUGUGGAUCGACAGGUCAGUGCCGACAACGCACGGGGGCGUCACGACACAACACGACGCGGCCGAGUGGACGCGAGUACAUAACGACUACGACUGCAGGGAGAUGUGGAUCGACAGCGGUCUACCAAACACCUUAAAGUUAUCCUUAAUAAACUGGUGCAGCGAAACUCUGAGCCUGAACGAGCCUUUGACCAACGACUUAUUGGCCGAACUGGUCAACAGUGAGAAACCGGUCACGCUGUCUGGACUCCUUACGUUGGUCGCUGAUACGAUGCCUAAGGUGCUCCCUCACACACUAGUGGCUCGCCGUUGCGAAGCGGCGGCUCUGUUGGCAAGUUGCGCCGCGCUGCUCCCGCCAGGCGACGCAAGAAGAGCGCGGACCUUGCAGACUCUGCUCACGCUAGUGAAGAAACCUGAGCCGGCGGACACGCGUGCUAUUUGUGAAGCGUCAUGUCUCAUAGUGAAAUGGGGCGGCGCCGGCGAGGUCCUAUCAUCCAUCGCCGAACUACUCGCUUCCCGCUCCACCGAACGACGAAUAUUAGCCAGCCAAAUAUGCGUAGCCAUCGCCCCUUACGUCCCCAUAGAGCUAUGCACAUCUCUCCUACUCAGCCUAGUUACACUAAUGUGUGAAUCCAGCGAACUGGAGAUAAGAAGUAUUGGGUUGAAAUCGGCUUGUUUGAUAUGUCCUGUGGCGGAACAUAAGUAUGGACAGUUGGAGAAUCUCAUGUUUAGUUUUUUGAAGGACCCGGUGGAUAAGAAUGUUAAGGAUGCUGUUAGGAUAUUUGUUCCGCUGUUGGCGAGGAGCGCUUUAAUUUCAGGAAAAUUCUCGUCAGAACUAUUCACCCGAAUACUAUCGAAUUUAAUAAAAGCAAGCAAAGAGAACGAAUCAAAGAGUGUUAUAUUAUAUUUAGAAAUAAUGAGAGUACUAGUUUUAUCGACGUUGGCCUACGUAGCGAAUGUACAAAUCGUUAGAGAAGUUACCCCUAUCUGUGAUACGAGUGUUAUAUUGCAAGAUGUGUUGUUGGAGAGUGAAAAUGAUAGUUUUAUGGACCUGCAGUGUUAUUUUACGGAUAAUGUGGAUGGGAAGGGACUGUUGGUCGCGAUGAAUAGUUUGGUGAAGAAGGAUGUCAGAUGGGCGGAGGUGAAUUGGUUUAUUGAUAUAGUUAAACAAAUUUUAGAAAUAGCAACGAACGGCAAAGCGCUCAACCACCCCACGAUAUACGAGCUCCUAAUAUCGCUAUUCAGCAGUUACGUGGAUAACUUCGGAGCACAGUUCACACUGAGCGUACUCGCGCCUAUAUUCAUGGAUAUAAUAUCGGAUUUGGAGCUGAAAAUGGAGAAGCUUCAUAGUGUGAACGUAGAUUAUACGGUGGUCGUGGGAGUGUAUCUAGUUGCGUUGUUGCCGGCGCAAGGAGAUUUGGGGCAACAAGCGGAAUUCUUACAAAAAUGGAUUGUGUACAGCAGUAUACGGGGGCUUCCCGUGAAGAUGUUCUCCAUCCCCUUAAAAUGGACGGCGAAACACAGACCGCUGUUGUUAGAGUCUUAUUUACAACACCUCAGAGAGUUCACAGCUCACAGCAGCGCCGGUAGUCGCGUAUACACUAGCACGUUACUAGCGGAACUCCUCAGUGUAUGUGACGUGGACGAGGGCAGUAUAGAGCGGCAACUUAUUCCUACUGUCAUGGCGCUGCUUAACGAUGAUGACGCCUCGGUCCGAGAAUCCGCCAUCACCUGUUGGGGCAGCGUCACCCGCGCCUGCCUUAUACACAGCUACUCCAGCGAAGCGCAAUGUUGGCCGCCCAUGGAACAAAUUAUAUCCACUGGGCGACUCUCGGUCAAAGAGGUAGCUAGGGCUGCUGAAGCGCUAGCCUUGCUGGUUCUACCUACUGCUGAAACCGCUAUCGUGUCUGAGAGAGCGGUGUCUCUCCUAUGCACGUUGGCAGGGCUCUGUACAUCCCCCGAGAACGUGUGCGCAUUAACACCGGGGCUGCAGCUGGCAGCGCAUCACGCAGCGCACCACCCCGCACUACUACCAGCUUUAAGAAAACUCGAAGAGAUAGUCCAGACCCCCGGCUUCACUCAAUACAAGCCAUCCAUCGAGGUCCUCCUCCACAACGUGACAGGGGCGGCACUGGAACCACCAAGAGAACCGCCGCGACAAUCCAACAUGGCUGCCGCACAAGAAGUUGGUCGACGCGUCUCCUUAAUGUUUCAGCAGAAGACUAAUAUGAUGCCCAAUAUAUUUAAAAAGAAGACGUAGGGUAGAAAACAAUGGUUUAAAAAAAUCGGAUUACAUACAUAAUACCAAUCCAUUUAGAAAAUUCCAAAAGAUAAUUUUAAACACCGAGUUUACUCUGUACAAGCCAUCCACAGGUGUCCUCCACGACAUUCAUCCAAUAAAGCCGCCGCGCAAAAAGUUUGUCCAAUAUAUUUAAUAACCUAACUACAAAAUUAAAUUUUUAAAAACACAGUGGACCGAUUUUCAUGAAACAUGGCUAAGAACACAACACUCCCGACCAAUUCAGCUUUCAAACAAAAAAAACUAAAUCGGUUCAUCCGUUCGGGAGCUACGAUGCCACAGACAGCAACACACACACAGACAAACAAGUCAAACUUAUAACACGUUUUUGCGUCGGGGGUUAAAAAAGAUGUAAGAAAUUGAAAAAAAACUUAGGUGUUCUCUAGAUAUUGUUCUAUGUUGUAUAUAUUGAAUUGUAAAAAGAACUACACCCUACAUGUGAUGUUAAAUAUAGAAAAUAAAAUUAAUCUCAGCACCACAUAAUAAUGAAAUCAAUAUUUAUUUACUGUCUUCCGAAACUGUUGGGUUUUAUAUGUAUGUAUUUUUAAUAUUAUUCAUGUUUUUACCUUGUUCCAUGAUUGUAUUCCAAUUUUUGACAGUAUUUUUAAAUUUUGUGAUUAUUUAUUUUAAAAAUAUUUUGGAAACAUUUCUCGAAAUGCAGCGAAGUCAUAACAUAAUAGUAUAUUAGCGGACCAUUUGUAAGGAAUUCUUCACGUGUUUUGUAUUCACGAUUGCACGAUGCACGACUAGUGCUGCCGUCACUUUGUAGGCUUCUCUAUGUUACAUCUCAUGGAGUCAAAUUAUUUCCAGCGGCCGGUUUGAGCUUUAUUAUUUGACAUGUCCAUAAGAUUCAGUGUAUUUCUGACAAUCAGCGGCACUCUUAAACAAAGGAUA